CUACGAAACAAGCCACACCUCACCACUCUCUUCAUAUUCAUUCAUUCAUUCAUUCCAUAAAUCAUACCCACCAACGCACGCUACCUUCUCUCUUUUUUACCUCUUCUUCUCUUUAUAUAAUCAAACACUCUGAAUUUUUUUAACACAUAAUUCAUUUGUUUAAUGGAGUUGAAAUCAGAAACUGUUGAGGUUGAAGAUACCCAGAAAGUUAUACUACUUGAAGAAGAACAACCGCAACAUGAAGAAGAAGAAGAGGAGAAACAGCAACAAGAAUUGCAGGAAAGUUUUCAUGUUUUGGCAGUUGAUGAUAGUGUCAUUGACAGGAAGCUUUUGGAGAAGCUCCUUAAAAUUUCUUCCUAUCAAGUGACUUGUGUGGACUCUGGAGAUAAAGCCUUGGAAUUUCUAGGUCUGAUUGAUAAGCUAGACACACCUACUGAUUCUACUUCUUCUUCAUCUCCUCCUCAGUCAUUACAACAAGAGGGAUCAAAGGUCAACUUAAUCAUGACUGACUUCUGUAUGCCCGGAAUGAGCGGCUAUGAUUUACUUAAACGAGUCAAGGGAUCUUCGUGGAAAGAUGUACCAGUUGUGGUCAUGUCAUCAGAAAAUGUACCUUCGAGAAUCAGCAUGUGCCUGGAAGAAGGAGCUGAGGAGUUUCUGUUGAAGCCGCUUCAGUUAUCAGACUUGGAGAAGCUUCAGCCUCAUCUAUUAAAAUCCCUGAAUAUGAAUAACCAAACUUGUACAGAAAUGGAGAAGGAGUUGACGAAGGACAACAAUGAAAGCACGGACAAGAACAAUUACAACGACUCUAACAACUAUGUAAACAACAAUAAUAGUUUUAGCAAGAGGAAGGCUUUGUCAGCUGAGCCCCCAGAGAGGAGGCCUAAAAUGAAAGAAUUGGCAGUAGUAUAAUCUUUUUAAAUUUUGAUGGGAGAUUGUGGUA